AUGGCGCCCCCAGACGCGGUGCGGCGCGCACGGCCUAUUGCGUACGUGUAUCACCUCACGGAGCAUGUGCGCGCGGAGCACCUUGCGUUUAUUUUUGGCGCGUACGGGCAUAUUGUGGAUAUUUCGUUACAAGGAGGGCCUGUGCGCCGUGCGCGUAUCGAAUACGAGGACGAAGAAGAAGUGCAGCGCGCCGUUACGCACAUGGACGGCGGCCAGAUUGACCACAAGUACGCGACUGUAUCAUCAGAAGAGUGUCUGGAGCUAGAGGCACGUGAAAUGGAGAGGGAGGCGUGGAAGCGCUAA